ACCCCAGGCGCAGAUAUUGGCUGGGACGAGACCUCCUCCGCCCCCAUAUAUCCCCCCAAGAUCCUCGUGCCCGAUUUUACCACCCUCAUUUCUCCCUUCCUCUCCUCCGCUCCCAUCCGGCCUCCAUUCCUCUUCACCCGGAACAACCAGUCGCUCAUUAACAGAGUCUUGCGCUCGUUCCAUUCGUUUCUCCUGCGAUACCCGGCAACUUCAGCUCUACAGCCGUUGCGCUUUGCACCAUUUUGCCCGUUCCUGUCGCAAAUACACCGACCGACCUCGCGCGUCUCGUUUCAAUUGACUGAGCUUCAAUCAAUCGACCAAGAUGCUUGCCAAAUCAUUUACCGCAAUGGCGGUUCUCGCCCUCGCGGCAAACGUCGCUGCCGAGCGAUUGCCUUAUCAGCCCCAUGCAAUGAAGAUGUCGGUCCGCGAGCUGUUCGGUGUGAUGCGUCGUCAAGACACCCCGGGAUACCAACCUGAGCAGGCCAAUUGCAACAGCGGCAGCACCUGUGAGGAGGCUUGCGGCGCGGGCUAUCAGACAUGCUCUUCUAGCGACAGCGAAAUCCACUGCUUUAACCCGAAUGCCGGAGAGAUUUGCUGCCCAAACAAGUCUGGCGCCUCUUGCGAAGCCGGCUACUACUGCACAUCCGACGAACAGAACGAGACAUGGUGCUGCCCCGAGGGCAUGGACCUGGUCGCUUGCGCCGCCGCCUACAGCAUUCCCGGUAAACUGGUGUCGCAGACUCCUCCGCCCGCGACCUCCACCUCGGCCAGCCCUUCCAGCACCAGCCAGCCAUCCACGACCACAAGCAUCACCAGCGAGGUCGUCUCCAAGAACAGCACCACCACCACCUCCAGCGUCAAGACCACCGCCAAGCCGACUGGCGGUAGCUCCGGCUUUGCCCCUACCAACGGGACGACCGUUUCGGUUGGCGCGCCCCCCGCUCCGACCGGCACCGCUCUUCCGACCGGCGCCGCUAGCGUUGUCGGACCCGCAAGCGCGUUUAUCCUCCUGGCAGCCGGUCUUGCCGCGCUUCUCUAA